UUAAUAAUAAAAACACUCAACAACAAUUCACUUAGCUUUAUAGGGAAAUUCUUCAUGAAAAUACACCGGUUCACAAUUGUGUGCCGAUUCACAACCGAACCGACUUCGAUUUAUUCCCGAAUAUCACUCUAUCAUCAACCCGAUAGCAUUACAGCUUCGCACAUCUUCCAUGAGAGAAGCUGCAAAAACACUUAGCUUUCUCAUUGUGAAAUGGCAGAAUUAACAAGUACUCUCGGUACAAUCAUACCUACAUCCCUUUCAGAUAUUUUCCAUGGAUUUGUUAAAUCAAAUGUAUUGUUCACCGCCUGUGAAUUAGGUAUAUUUGACGUACUGUGCGAUAAGCAUUCGGCAGAACAUGUGGCAGAAAAUGUUAAACCAAGCUGCAAAACUGGCUCAACUCGUCGACUUCUUGACACACUUGUAGCUAUGCAAUUACUUGUCAAAGAAAUGGACAGCGACCCGCCUGUCUACUUCAAUAGCCAAACUGCAGAGGCAUUUCUUACUAGGAAAAGUCCCAAGUCUCUCAUAAGCUACUUUGAAUUCCUUCACGCCACCACUUACAAGCUAUUUGACAACCUGAAACAUGCGGUUGUCGAGGAGGAGCCACAAUGGCAACGAGCCUUCGAUCAGCCGGCUUCAGAAAUUUACAAAAUAUUGCAUUCCAAUAAAGAAAAGCUGAUGCGUAUCUACUCGAGAUUUGAUUGCGUUCACCGAUUGGAAGCACCUGGGGUGAUGUCUGCGUUUGACUUGAACCCUUUUAAACACAUGUGUGACCUUGGAGGAGGAACUGGCUGUUUUUCAUACGAGGCGUGCAAGCAGUAUCCUGCAUUAAAAAUCACGAUUUACGAAAUGCAGCCAAUCUUAGAUGUCGCGCCUGCUUUCAAGCCAACCAUCGCUGAUUGCCCUAACCAAUCAAACGUCACCUACGUAGCGGGAGACUUUUUUAAAGACCCACUUCCGGUUGCUGACCUGUAUUUUCUGGCCCAUGUUCUCCACAAUUGGGCAGAAGAAAAGGUUGACUUGCUACUUAGCAAAGUUUUUGCAGUGCUGCCACCAGGUGGAGGUAUACUUCUUGGGGAAGUUCUCCUUCCCGUUGACGAGCCGAAUCCACAGCUCUCUGCACUCUUCAUGGACCUCAGCAUGCUAGUGACCUGCGAGUCAGGGGCACGUGACCGUUCGGGCCCCGAGUACAAACGAUUACUGGAGAGACAUGGAUUUCAAGACGUGCGGAUGAAAUCCUUGCCAGGCGCCAAAACGACCGAUGCUGUUUUCGCCCGGAAACCUUAAAAUCGCCACAGCGCGACGGCACUUAUACUUUACCAUACGUAAUUUUCUACGACAGCUUGUGAACAAAAUUACAAAAUAUCCGCUUUGGCAUUGAACAAAAUAGAAGUAGUAAAAAGUCUAAGUUAAUUCUGUA